AUGGAUAGCCCUCAAAGCAAACAAAAGAAAAAGGCGAUGCGGCGGAGCUGGUUCAUGUCUACCGUAACCGGAGGAGGUGCUCCAACGGAGAUUCUUCCAAUUAGGUACUUCCAGAAAGUCCCUUCCGGCCGGUACAUGAUCGAUGGGUAGGAACGCGUGGUUUGAAAACGGCGCCUCGUGCCGGAUGACAGAAAGAGCGAAGAGAGUGCGUGAAGGGAGGAGAGGCAACGAGUUGGGGUCAGCCAGGCCUGAUCGCCGCGGGAAUGUGCCGUCGAGCAGACGUCCACAGCCUCCUUCCGAACUGUCUUGCCUUUCCAUUAUUUUUAGACUUUGACUCCUACGCUUCUUCUAUUUUUUUUUUCUUCAUGUUCUUUCUUUGUGCAGCCUCAUACUUGUUUUCAAUUUUAUUAAAGAAAAUAAAAUUUUUUUUAUACUCAUCGUUUCAUUCAACUACUGAAUAGACAGCUUGGAAUAAAUACAGCGUGCUCAAAAAAUCUUGUGACCAAUUAUUCAAGUCUUUGCAAAAUGUGCUGCGGGCUGGAAAUAAUGAUUCUUGUGCUUUUUCAACGAUGAUGAGUCAAAAACUUUCUUCUGCCAGAAACAUUGUGAGCCUUUAAUAGACUUUCGAGCGAAUUUCUUUUCAUUUUUAGUAAAUUGAGGUAUUUGAAAGGAAAAGGAAAAGUUUGAGAUAAAUUACCUAUCAAAUUGAUGAAUUUGAAAUUUUUUAUGCAUAGGAAAAAAACCAAAAGUUCUUUCGAGGACCUCUAAAAAAAUUCCUCUAAAGCUCCAAAAAUGACGGGAAAAAGCUUUUUAAUGUUUCUUUUUCAGCGUCUCAGAGCGUUUUUUUAAAUUGCUAGGAAUUUUUCUUUAUUGUUUUUCUCUUGAAGAGUUUAUUUCCAAAAAAUUUUUUCAUUCAUACUUCUGGGUAAACACGGUAAAUGUCAUUUCACUGCCAAAGUCGGAAUUGCGGAAAACGGGUGCAAAAAGACGGAUGAAAGGACGGAAAAAGGUCGUUAAAUGAAAACCGUUGCCACCCAUUUAGGAAUAAUUAAUAAACACCUUUUUGCACCCAUAACGGACGUUCAAAAGGCCCGUAAAGGGUCCUUCCGACUUUGCCAAUGUUUAUGUUUAUGUAUUCCUUUCUCACAAAAAGCCUCGGAUACGAACUAUCUCUGAUUCUUUAAAAAUCAGUUAUAUUUUUCCCUCUCUGAUGGCUAUCUUGAAUUUCGCGGAACACCGCAUGAUGAAAGAGAAAGAGAGAGAGAGGGAGAAAACUUGCAAUCAAACUUCAUUGACCUUUUGUUUGAACCAGUGUCCCUCAGUAUAAACUUUAAAAGUAAAUGUAACGGCUAUCCAGAAGUUUUCUCUCGCAGAAUCUCUUUUAUAUUUGUUUCUUCAAAUCUUUCUUGUUCGGUGCUAGGAGAAAAAGCUGAUUUGAUUUACGACCUUCCUUUCCUGUCUGCUCAUCCAGUAAUCGAGCAGACAAACAUAGUUUGUAACAAAGCUUCCUUUUUCGUUUUUGUCUUGAUAACUUUUAAAAGUGGAGUUGCUUUUUUAAUGAAGCUGAGAAAGUGAGAAUGAACAUGUCUUCAAUAAAAGCGUUCCCCUUUCAAAUUGAUGAGUUUCCCCUUUUUCGAGUCUCCUAUGAUUCUCAAAAGUUCAAAAUUCAAGUGAACGAGAAACUGGUUUUUCGACUACCCGAGACUCCUCAUGCCUAAGUUUUCAAAUCGUUAACAAAGUUUUUCUUCUCUUCUUUCAUAAUCAUUUAUUUCGGAUCAACUUGAAUGUCUCGAUUUGUUUUUGAGUAGACUCUCACCCGUUCUUUCCAGCUCAGAAAGUUGUUUCAGAGAGCGUUCGGAACCGAUGCACCUCCCUCUCUCGGUCCAAUGCUAUUUCUGCGGUUGCUUUUAAUUGCACCCAUCGUCGCCAAGUUCAACACACCUUACAACACUAAAUCAGGUGAAAAUCAUUGAAAAUCAAAAAUUCGUUGGGCUGAUGGAUCUUUGCUGAGAAGUAUUUUCUUCGUGCAAAACUGUUUUUAACUUCUUUUUUUCUAACUGAUUUUUGUCUGUCUAAAAAAAUUAUAAAAAAAUUUCGGCAGUAUGUUAAUUUUCGUCGGCGGCAGAUGCACAAGAAACAUCAUAUUUGACGACCUUUUUUUCAAGGCAGGACGAAAUAAAUUUAGUUUUUUUCUUUUUCAAAUUGAAAUUUAUCUCACGAAAACAAGUAUACGAACUUAACAUAUCUAGACGGAAAUGAUUGGAAAAAUAAUAGAAAUCGUGAAAUUUCAGAGCGAUGUCUUCCUCCGAUGAGGAUAUGCGACCAAGGGAAGAACCCUCCGACGUGCUACCCAGAAGAAUGGAUUUGCGACGGACAGCGCGACUGCGAAGACGGCGCCGACGAGCCACCCACCUGCGGUAAAUCGCUCCAUUUUUUGACCAAGGCGAUCGGGGUUUCAGAAGCCCGCCGAUGCCAGAACAACACCGAGUUCAAAUGUGCCUCCGGCCGCUGCCUCGCACGCGGCUACAUGUGCGACGGGGAGAGCGAUUGUGGCCGUCUGCCCAAUGGCGACGAAGAUAUGUCUGACGAGGAUCCCGCCGUUUGUGAGUUUCCUGAAACUUUUUGUGGGUGGAGUCUUUUUAUGUCAUUACUUUUCGUUUCGGUCCAUAGGAUGUCUGUUCGUUUCAUCUUUUUAUCAUUUUUAAAAUUUUAAUAUUUUUUAUGCUGCUUUUCUUUAAACUUGAAGGUUUUUCCGUCAUUAAUAUAAUUAGGAUAAAGUUGUAAAAUAUUGGCAACGAGAUAUUGUAAGUUUGAGUUCAUUAGAAUUAGCACAGUGAACCUGUUGGGCGCCAUUAGAAACAAAGAAACAAAUAGUUUCUCUGAAAGCCGCACUUCGAAACUCCAGAGUGGUCCUUAUAGGGGCGAUUUUAGAGGUCCUUGUAGGGCUCCUUCUAGGGAUCACUUUAUCAACCCCUAUGGGGGCCACUGAGGCUUGCAAAAGUGAUCCCUAUCGGGGAAAUUCUAGUCAUUAAUUUUUGUUAACUCUGAGGGAAGAUGCAUUUCCAUGCGAAAAACUGAAUAAAUAAGCGUCUUUCAAAUGAAAUUGAAAGACCCCUAUAGGGUCCACUCGAGCUAUAAGAGCUAGAGGGUCAACCGCUAAACCCCUAUAAGGAUCACCUCAAUUUUACACCUAUAGGGGCUGUUUUCCACCCUAACCCCUAUAGUUACCACUCUGGAAUCCCUAAGCAGUGAAUAACUUAUCAAUUUGACUGAUCUUUAGGCCAUAAUUUCGUGGAGUGUCCGGCAAACGAGUACCGCUGUUUAAAAACGCCGGUGUGUGUGCAUUUGAGCAGGUUCUGCGACCAGUCGCUCGAUUGUGAGGAUGGGUCAGACGAACACGUCCGAUGUCACGAGAAAGGUUAAUUCCCUUCCAUCACCGCAAUCGUUUGGUUUAGAUGCAUCUGUGACGUGCGAUUAUAGCGGAGUGAUGACUCUCGACGGCUACAAAUGCUUUUGUCCGGCCGGGAAAAGCCUGGUGAAUGGCUUCUGCCAGUUUCAGAACCCCUGUCAACAAGCGAGCAGAGGUUUUUCGAGUUUUUUUUUCUUGCUAUCAUGUGGUCAAAUUCUUAGGCUUACCACCAGUUUGCACUCAGAGCUGCAACUUUUUCGAAAACAAUGCUACUCAUCAAUGUUCUUGCGUCGACCGACGGAUGACUCUUGUUGAUGGAAAAUACUGCGUAUUAGAUCCUUCGUGUGAGUUUAACGAUUAGAAUAUAAAAAUUGGAGUUUUCUGUAUAGUCUGUGAGCCAAGACUUGGAAUUUCACCCAACGACAUCCCGCUGUUCCGCUGCGUCGCGAAGCAUUUUUGCGAGCCUCGGUCUCGCUUUGAAUCGGCUCUCUUUUCUGAUAGACGGACUGUUCCACUAGGAACACUUUUUGGUCGAAUUUUUAGAUAAAAUAAAAAAAAAAUUAAAGGCGCGGCCGAGCACGCAGCGGAACAGCGGAAUGUCGUUCGGUGAAAUUCCAUGUCGUGGUACAUAGACUAUAGUCAAUAAAAACAGAAACGAGAACCAAUUUUGCCGAGUUUCCUGACCAAAUUUCUGCUACAGACUCUCCUACGAUCGCAUUCACGACGAAAACAGAGCUCAUUGUGUUGAAAAACUACACUGAGCUGCCGCCCGUCGACUACAACGCCAGCAAGCAUAUCGGCCAUUUCCUGUUACAAAAGGCUCCUGGAAUGAAUUUCACUGGGUUUCCCAUCGUCUGUUUUGUGAACGCGGUUUGAAUAUCUCAUUUCACGGAAAUUUCCUUUUCUCAGACCGUAGUGAAUGAAAACUACAUUCAUUGUUCUUCGGAAACGCAAAGCCGUCGGUAUCGAACAAAAAUGAGCCUCGCCGGCGUUUCUGCCUCCAUCUUUGGUGAGUCCAGCCACAAGAGUCUCCGAAAAACGAUAGAUUGCAGCGGCGACGACAGAGCCCUGGAUCCUUUUCGACGAAAUGCACUCGAAUUGGUUGAUUUGCGACGGAACUUUCAUGGCCGUCUGUCGCCACGACGAGGAGCUCAUUCGCGUCUGCCACACCUUCGGCGUCGGCGAAAUGGGAUUCGUUGAAGGCUUCGUCUACGACCCUGUCGCUGGGUAUACACAAGUGGAACCUUCGAAAGCUAUCGGAAUCGUUUCAGCUACGUCUUUUACAUCGAUGGCGAUCUGAUGACGUUGGGAGUCUUUCGGGUGGACAUCGUUACGGGAGAGAGGCUGCUGAUGUCUCAUCAAGCCACGAUUUCUCCAGCGGGUUGAGCUUAGUCUUUCUUCCGAGAUGCAUUUUCAACUUCUAGGCUUGGCCUUGGACAUCUACUCUGGGACUCUUUUCUUCGGAGACCGAACUGUCGACACCGUCUUCGCUGUAGAUUACGAGUUGAAGCACAAACCGCGGAUAGUUGUCGAUUCGAGAACAGUUUGAAUCAAUGCUCUGUCUACAAAAAUCCUCGGGUUCUAGCUAAAGAACGUGCGGUCGAUCGCUUACGCCGAAGGGAAACUUUUCACGGCGGCCCAACGGCGGGUGAAGGUCUUCGACACGACGUUGUUCCCCGAUCAGAAAGGACACGAGAUCUUCGCUUCGUCGACCGAAGAAGUAUCCAAACUCAUGGCCAUCACCCGUGUGGACUACGCGGCACUCGUAAAAAAAAGUGCCCCCUGCUUUUUGAAUCUCACUCAACAGAAGUAUUCAGAUCGCUCUUGUGGAAGUUGCAACGGAGUCUGUGUGCAUCGGAACGCCCAACCGGUGUGUCUUUGUGAGGUGAGUGUCGUCGGUGAAGUUAGAGAACAUUUUUCUUGAUCAGAGAGGCGCGGAAAAGAAGAAUCAGUGCUUGAAGUCGUGGAAGAAGCAAUCUCGCUUACUUUUUGCUCGUCUUAAACCACCUUCCGUCGCAGCCAUGAAGAUCGAAACUACCACGGUACAGGUAUUUUCGAAAUUCCUUCUCUGUCAUCUCUGAUUUCAGGACAAAACUGUAGAAAUGGUUGUGAGCAGCAAGGGUCUUUCGGCAAUGACGGUUGAUGCCAAAAACGGCCGUCUCAUAUCUUUCGACAACGAACAGCACGUGUUCCUCGUCUCCGACCUCAACAGCGAGGACGACCGCCAACUUCCUCUCGUGAUUCCAGCCUUCGGUCAGUCGUCAAACACCUUUUGACGUUGGCAAUCCUUCAGGAAUUCAAAAAUGCGAAGGCCUUGCUUACGAUCCUUCUAGUGACAAUCUAUACUAUACCGAUCAAGGUUGAAAUAAGUCGAAAAUGAUGUGCAAUAUCCUCUUUUCAAGGUCGAUUUGCCGUAGGCGUCCUCAAGCUUUCAAACAGUACCCAAAGGAAAACACUCCUACAGGGAGGAAUGACCUUCCCUCGGUCCAUUGUUAUUCACGUCGCAAAAAGGUUUUUUUCUUUUGCGGCUCUUUGAAAAAUUCCUGUUCAGCUACAUGUUCUGGGGAAGUUGGAGCGAGAGAAAUCAGGACGGGAUUCCAGCCAAAAUAGAACGAGCCAAACUUGACGGCAGUCAGCGGAAGGUUGGUCUGAUCGAAAAGUUGAGGAGUUUCGGCUCUAGACUUUGGUCAACAAAAACGUGAUGUGGGUGAAUGGACUGACGAUCGACGCCGAAAAUGACUACCUGUACUGGUGUGACGCCUACCACAACUUGAUUGAACGUGUUCGAUUCAAUGGGGCCGACAGAGAGGUUCUCUUCAAUUAUUCUAUUUCUCAAGUUCUUCACUCUCAGAAGAUCGUCCAAGGGGCCGCCAAUCUGAUGCAUCCGUAUGGAAUCUUCUUCUCUGGAAAAUGGCUUUACUGGAGUGAAUUGAAAAAAGGAAGGAUAAAGCGAGCAUCCAUCAGUAAUGCUUCUGAAAUUGAAACAGUUCUGAACGAGAGUUCAUCAAUUUUUGAUGUUACCGUCUAUGAUCCAGAUAGAAGCGCAGGUUUGCAUUUCCCCUCAUAGACAAAGUCGGAAGGAGCCUUUACGGGCCCUUUGCGCGGCCGUUACGGGUGCAAAAUUGUUCCUAAACGGAUGGCAACGGUUUCCUUUUCACUGCCUUUUUCCGGCCUUUCAUCGGCCCUCAUUUACCACGGCAAUCCUAAUGGGGUGAGGGAAGGUGAAGGAGGCGUCAAAGUUUCUGAAUUUACAAAAAAAAAGUAAGUGCGCGCUCUGGAUGAAAGGACCGUGACGUCACAGCUACCUCUACGUUGCAAAUUAAACUGAGUAUUCAACGGUAUGAAGAAGACCGUACUCCCCAUUUGGCUGCGUACUUGAGAUUUCAAAUUUCGCGCUAAAAUUUUUUUGACGUUUCCUCACCCCGUUUGGGAACGCCGUGCCACCAAUUUCGGACCCCUUUGAUAAACACGAAAAUCUUAAAAUUGGGAAUAAUCUCUACCAGUGACUGUGAAUGAACCAAAACGUGCUACCGUAAUAAAAUCGGUGAUAAUCAAUGAUCGAGACUUUCUUGCCCCUCUCUCUUUUUUUCAACCUUUCUUGAGGCGCAUGAAGAUAGAAAGGCUCAAUAAAGGCCGCAAAACGGAACCCUUUUAGCAGCCAUUUUGCACCCGUUAUCCGCCCUUCCUACUUUGGCAGUGUUCGGAGUUAGCCAUGAUUAUUCCUACAGAAACAUCGGCUUGCUCGAAGAAUAAUGGAGGAUGUGAGCAGCUUUGCUAUUCCAUGGCUUGUAAAGGAGCCGUUGGGUGUGAACCUGUAAAAUGCGGCUGUCGAGAUUCCGAAAAACCAAACCCCGACGAUAAAUCCAAGUGCAUCGGUGAGUCUGAAAAAUGAUUUAUCGAUCCAGUUCCUCUUCAGAAGACAAAGAUUAUAUGGACGGAAUACCUUGUAAUGCGACGACGCACUUCAGUUGCUCCUCGAAUGAAAAGUGCAUCCCGAAGACGCAAGUCUGCGACGGCGACGACGACUGCGGGGACAACAGCGACGAGGAUCCGGCCGGCGUCUGCAGUUGGUUGCGAGUCCGACUGCCGUUCAUCCCUGUUUCAGAAGACUUCACCUGCUCCAGCCUCUACUUCCAAUGCGACCGCACCAACUGCAUCCCCAAUGAGUAUGUCUGCGAUGGCUCUCGCGAUUGUGUCGACGGCUCUGACGAAAACGCCGAGAUGUGCUCAAACAGUUUGGAUAAUUUGAAGAAACAAAAAAUCAGAGAAAAACAAGUUCAGGACCACGGAAGUGCUUCUUCUCCAUGUUUCAAUGCGACAACAACACCUGCAUUGACGCUUCCAUGAAGUGCAAUGGCUUCCGCGACUGUCCGAACGGAGAGGACGAAGCCGACUGCCAUUGUAUUCCACAGCAACAUUCCUUCCGAACCGAAUAGUUUCAGUUGAGAAAUGCGCUUCUACGGAGUUCAGAUGCGGCACAGGGGCUUGUAUCGAUCAGUCGCAAGUUUGUGACGGAGUCACUAACUGCAAAGAUGGCCUAGAUGAGGCUCACUGCAACGAGGUCAGGCUUCUCCGAUCAGGCUCAAGACCAGAAUUCUGCAGGGCUGCAUCCAGGGACACCAGUUCCGGUGCGACAGUGGCUCCGUUUGUCUAGACAUGAUCUUCCGCUGUGACGGCGUUCGGGAUUGUUCAGAUGGAAGCGACGAAGACCAGAAGUUCUGCAAAGGCAAACUCUUUCCGAGUUCGUGUACAUCUGAAGACUGUUUCAGAUCCCCGCGAUUACUGCAGCAAGGCUAACGAGUUCCUCUGUCCCUCCAACGAGAAAUGUAUCAGAAGGGCAAUGGUUUGUGAUGGCACCAUGGAUUGCAUCGACGGCGCAGACGAACUGAACUGCCGUGAGUCCUCAUUAAUCUUACAGUUUUAGUUUUCAUCUUUUUAGCUACGGCGGCUUGUAACUUGACGACGGAUUUUGCUUGUGCUGAUGGUUCAAAAUGUGUUUCGAAAUCGUUUUUGUGUGACGGAUUCCACGAUUGCUCCGACAGCAGCGACGAACUGAACUGCGGUGGUGGGUAGAUCAUAAUUUGCCUUGUUUCCAAUCACAGCCAGAAUUUGAAUGGAGCCAAAGAGUUUUCAGAUAUUGUUUCUUCCGACGGAACGCCAGCCAGAUGUCGGGUGCCGGCUUAUCGCUGCGAGUUGGAAGUCGGCUUCAAAUGCAUUACGGAUCAUCAGGUCUGCGACGGCAAGAAAGAUUGUCCGAAUGGCGACGAUGAAGGACCGAUGUGCGCCAAAAAGUUCGUCAAUUCAAUACAUUACACCUUUAUUUUUGGUGUUUUUUUGAUUCGUAAGUAUAAUGUUUUGAAAAUUCCGGAAACUCGACAGCUAGAUUGAUCUAUGGCCUAGGGCAGUAAAAGCCGGGUUUCAGGUGAAAGCAGUACCUUGUAGAGAUUUUCAUCGGGAAUCGAACUUGAAAAUGGACAGAAGUUCCUAUUUUCGGAGACGUUAAUCGAAAUCAAAGAGAAAAAAAGUUUGAGUUCCGCAAAAAGGGCGUGUAGCAGUAAAGUUGCUCUAUGGACAACAAUCAUCGCAAUUUUUCGGGUUUUCCUCUGAAAUGAGGCGCCAAAAGAGCGCCACAACUCUUUCUCUAACCUACACUAUUUCGCCGUUUUCUCGCAGCUAGAUAACGACGAAAUAGUGUGUGUCAGAGAAAGAGUUGUGGCGCCCUUCUGGCGCUCCAUGUCAGAGUCGCUUUUUGUUCGUUUUUUUGAAUUUUGAAUUUUUAUGUUGUUUUUUUUUGUCUCAAAAACAGAGAAAAAGAGAAAAAUUCUGUUCACAAGCUAGCAUCAAACUCCAAACAAAAGUAUGUAUUGGUUUUACCCAACUUCCACAUCAUUGAAAGUCUUUCAUAAAUUUAUAUUUUCAGAUGCAGUAGCAACAGCUGCUCUCAGAAGUGCUUCCAACACCCGAGCGGUCCCGUUUGUUCUUGCCAUCCUGGGUAUUCUCUCGAAGACGACGGCUUCUCCUGCACUAGUGAGGAUUGCUCCUCGGCCCCACCAUCAACAUAUUCCUGGAUUCAGAGAAGGAUCCUUGCCGCUUCGGGAAAUGUUCACAGCGAUGUCUGCGCCAUGGUUCCACCAAACACUGUUACUGCGAUGACGGCUUCAAAUUGCAUAAAGACGGGUUUUCACAGUUUCUUAAGGAUUUUAAGUAUUUCAAUUUUUUUUAAAGUUUCACCUGUAUUGCCGAUGAUCCGGACGUCGAGUUCAUGUUGUACACGAAUCGCCACGAAAUUCGUCAGCUUUACGCAGGACGAGUAGGGAGUUCUGCUGCUCUGACAAGGUUCCAAAUGGCGUUUUUUUUUUUGGGGAAGGGGAAUUAUUUUUUUUUGCACUCGAAGAGUAUUCUGAUUGCUGAAAUCACCAAAUGAUUUUUUGGUCCAAUUUAAUCUUUGAAAAAAUCUUCCGAUAAUCGAAAUUUACUUAGGAUCUCCAGAGAGGUCCUUAUAGGGAAAACCUUAAGGGCCCUUCGAGAGGCCCCUUCUAGAGACCACUUCACCAAGCCUUGUAGAGGAAAUUAAAGCUUUCAUCUAAAGGAUCACUAUAGGGUUUUAGUUAGUGACCCGUUAUAGGAGACAUUCUAGUCGAUAAUUUUUAUGAACUCUAUGCGAAUAAGUAUUUCCAUGCGGAAAAAUGAAUGAAUAACCGUUUUUUUUUUUGAAUAAAAUUGAAAGAACCUAGGGACCAGUCAAGCUUUACGGGCUAAAGGGUUAGACCGUACACCCCUAUAGGGACCACUUUUUUCGGCCCUUAAAGGGCUGUUUAUCCCCCUAACCCCAUAGGGACUACUCUGGAAUUCCUAAGAUAUUAACUGCUUUUUUCACAAGCGCCCAAUAGGAUUAUUUUUGAGGAAAAAAAACGAUCGAAAAAGAAAUUCACUACUUUGAUUUGGGGUCAUGAUGAGUGAAAUGACACUUACGUUACUUCUUUUAGACUUCGAAAUGCGAUAGCGCUCGAUUAUUUCAUUCACACCAACGGAACGGUGUCCGUGUACUGGAGCGACCUUGCCAGCGAUGUCAUUUACACGGGACUCAUAGAAAAUCGAGGUACUCACCAAAAAAAAGAGGGUCCGUCUCAUUUCCACGGUUCAGUCGUGUCGUACGUAAGACCUCUGGUCAUGCUCGGCGUCUACAACGCGGAAGGAAUAGCUGUGGAUUGGGUGACGGGCAACGUCUACUGGGUGGACAGCAGCCUGGAUCACAUCGAGGUUGCCACUCCCGCGGGCGAAAGGGCCAUCGUCGUUUCUGAGGAUAUCACCAACAUUCGCUCCAUCUCUCUCGAUGCCAAGUAAUACUUUUUUCUCGACGGUAGUUGGUUGAUAACAUUUGGAAGGGAUGCUUUGGGUUGCUAGUCCAUUAUUUCACCAAAUAAGGUCUUCUCAACAAGUGUUUUUUUUCGAAGUUUAUGGUUAUAGCCCAUUCCGCGCCAGCUUGUCACGAUUUUCGUUUCUCUCUGAGCUACAAAACCCCUUUUUUUGACGACGCCCUGCCCGUUUAUUUUCCGUGAAGUUUAGUGUGUCGUGUGCAUGCACUUCGGCGCAUUCGCACAUGCCAUACAAAGUAAUUUUCGACAAAAAUCGUUAAAAGUCGUGAAAAGCUGGCGUUGAAUGGCGUAUAGUGUGAUUUUGUAAAGAAAGCUAGAAUCCAAUAGCCGAGGAAUGUUUCAAGUUGCGGAACUUGAUCAGAACCAGAAUGAUUUUGGGAUUUAAUUAAAAAAAAUGAUUGUUUUCUUCUUUUUGAAGAGGGGCUUUCAGGCACAAGUUUUUGAUUGCCAAAAAAACUCCCACUCUCAUUUUUUUCUUAUGAGUUAUUUCCUGAAAAAAUAUGUUUUUCUCUGAUUGUGGAAAGAAUACAGAGGAAAAACAACACCGAUUCUUGGUUCUAGGAUUCUGUUUUUUCAGUGAGGGUCUCAUGUUCUGGACCGACUGGCAGGAGCGUCGGCCGCGUGUGGAAAAAGCCACGAUGUCUGGGAACAAUCGGACCGUGAUUUUCAACGUGUCUGGUGUCGUAGGCGGUGGCUGGCCGAACGGCAUCACCUGCGACACGAUCGCCCGACGAGUCUACUGGGUCGACGCCAAGUCGGACAGCAUCCACACGGUGACCUACGACGGCAAGGACCACGUCGAAGUCGCUCGGGACCUCGAGCGCUUGGGCCAUCCUUUUUCGAUCGAUGUGUUUGGCAACUUCGUGUUCUUCUCUGAUUGGCGUACUAACACCAUCGGAAGGGUUGGUUUUUUUUUUUGCAAUUUUUUAAAAAUCGUACUUCAUUUAAUAUAUAGCUUCAGAAUUGCAUGUUAAACUGCUCAAAAUCACUUUAAAGCAAUUUAUUAUAAAUAAAGCACACUUAGGAACUUCAGAGUGGUCCCUAUAGGGAAUAUUUUAGCAACCCCUAUAGGGACCUCUAAAGACUGCAAGAGCGGUUCCCAUAGGGGUUUUAGUUAGUGGCUCCUUCAGGGGACAUGCUGGUCGAUAAUUUUUAUGAGUUCUGUGCGAAGCAUUUCCAUGCGAAAAACUGAAUAAAUUUUUCAUGCGAAAAACUGAAAAAAGCGUUUUCUGAAGGCUCAGCGCUCAGAAUGUAAACCCCUAUUAAGGACACCUUGAUUUUAUCCCUAAUCACGUUUUAAAAGAACAGAAAAGAAAAAGGUACCGUAAACACUAACCUGUGCUCUAAAAAACUGCUAAAGAGACUGUAAAAAACAAAGGCCUUGAAGCGAAAAGGCUCAAUUUUGUUUUAAUUCGACGAAAAGAAAAACAUGAAAAGCUGGCGCGGAAUAGGCUAUAAAAAUUUCUAUAUAUUUCAAGUAAAAACUGGAUGAAUGGCAGGUGAACAAGUGGAACGGAACCAACUUUGGGCUGAUCGAAAGAGUUGGCACACAGCCAUUCUCGCUGCGAAUCGUCCACCGAAGCAAGCAGAAGAAGCCGCUUCGCAACCCUUGUCAAGAUGCCAAAUGCGCCGUCUGUCUGCUCGACGGCUCGAAGGGCUCGCGAUGCGUCUGCCCGCAAAUGACCAAGGCCGACAAGGACGGAACCUGUCAAUGUGUGUAUCCAGAAGAGUUCCGAGAAGAAUAGGUCUUUGCAGACUUGGAUCACGUCGUCGUCGCCGCUUCUAAGAACGCGAUUCGGAUUUACGACGCCGAGCCACCUCAUCUGCAGGCCUUCCCGACCGUUGCGGGCCGUGCUUUCGAUGGUAUCCAUCCUCUUCAAUUUUGAUUUUCUCACCUGAUUCAGAUGUGCGCAACGUUAUCGCUCUCAACUGUACGAUUUACGUGCUGGACUCUCAAAAACAAGCUAUAACGAAGGUAAGAUUGAUCAUUUUCCUAUGAACCUUUAGUUAUUGAAUUGCAGAUAGAUCUCCGGAAAAAUACCGCUCCAGAAGUAUUGGUAAAUGGAGGUGAAUGAAUUUUUCAAUCUCAAAAAAAUACACAAAAUUUUUUAGACUUGACUUCUUCGAAGGGAUUGGCUUUGGAUGCGUCAACGGGAAACCUCUACUUUAGCACUUUUGCUGACGGUUUUUUUUAAAAAAUUUUCCACCUUUUGAGUACAUGUUCUUAAAGAUAUCAACAUGGAAAAAUUGAGAAAAGUUUUUUUAGGUGUCCUUUCUUUUGCUUUAAAAGACUUACUCAAAAUUGAUGGUUUCUGAAGAUUCCUUUCUGUAAUUUCUUCAAUAAUUCUUGAAGGAAUCGCGCGAGUUGACGUGGCCUCAAAUGAGGGCAAAUUCCGCCGGAGCAUUCUUCAUUCUUCUGAUUUCCCUCAAUUGCGUCGUCCCAGGGAUCUUAUCUUUUUCGAUAGCUUGAGGUUUUUUUCUCUAAGAAAAAAAUAAAAAAACAAAAAUUUAGACGACUCUUCUGGUUCGAUGAAGACUACAGCCCUCCCUUGAUUUUUCACCGUUUUGGGAGACGGCUCGGAUCCUCGGCAGCUCAGUAAGUCUCAAAAGAAAGGUUGACGAUUUUCUCAAAAUCUUUUUUCGACCAUGUUAAUUUCUUUCCGCUAGAAAAAUUAAAUUAAAAUAGGAAAGUUCUUACAAAUAAAUUACCUUAAAUUUUUAGCAAAGGUAGGUUUCAUUACACCGAUUCGAUGAAAACGGAUAUUUUUCGUUGAAAGUCUCUUAGGAAUUCCAGAGCGGUCCUUAUAGGGGUCAAAAAAGUGGUUCUUAAUUUAGGAUCUGACCUCUUAGCCCAUAAACCUAAAGUGGUCCCUUUAGGGGUCUUUAAAUUUCAUUCCAAAAUUGCUUAUUCAUUUAGUUCGUUACAUGGAAGAACUUUUUCUCAUAAAAUUGAUCGAUUAACAUGCCCCUAUAGGGACCACUUUUGCAAGCUUUAGUGCCCCCCGAAGGGUUUGGUAAAAUGGUACAUAGAGAGGACCCUCCAAGGGCCACUAAUUGCCCCUAUAGGGACCACUCUGGAGUUCCGAAGUGGGUUUAAUAAUCAACUCGAGUGACUUUUCGGUAUCAUACUCAACUGAUUUUAAGACUUGACUGAAGAUUCUAAGAAGAAAAACUCGUCUGAUCAGUUUGGAAAAAAAAGUUCUCACAGGUAUCAACUCUACGCUCACAAGCAAUAUGACGAUUCCGAUCGCGGACUUUGACAGGAAUCUGGUCAUUUGGAUCUCGAAAAGCGAGAACAAAGUAGUUUCGUUGGAUGUCGCACAGGAAAAGGUAGGCUUACUUGUGAAAGACUUAUUAUCUCCGAUUUUCUGACAGAUUUCGGCAUUCGAGCUUCCAUCCAGCAUGACCGCAAAAGCCUGCACAUUCACUCCAAAAACACGGGAAGUGCUCAUUUUAGCAUCGGACACAGUCGGGUCGAAAACUGUCUUCCAAAAGUUCUCCUUGGACUCGCAAGAGCUUCGGUAUCUGAUGAAGAAGUUGUCCGACAACGGAGUGUUUACAGAUCCCUCGGAGUCAACUUGACUCUUCCAGCUCCGCCUGGCGAUGGCAUCCAGUACGUGCCGAUGAGAAUGACCUCUUCGAAACGCUUCGAAUGUCCAGAUUGUCCGGCCCUUUGUCUUCGCUCAGCUGAUGAGACAAAAGGCAUUUGCCAGUGUUGGCAAGGCGCCAAGUUCGUUGAUGGCACGUGUAAAGGUGGGGUGUUCACAAAAUGCAAUUUGGUCUCGUUUCCAAUUAAUCGAAGAUAGAUAAAAGCGAUCUUCUACCGAAUUUCUUGGUCUUAAAAUUAUUCCGCGAAACCGAAAUUUCGGAUCUGAAUUUGCCUUAACUGCAGAUCCGGUCAAGACGGUCUUCUACGUGACAGAAGACGGCGCCCUCAACUCUGUUGGCAUCGACGAGAAAUCAGGCGAACAGACGCUCGUCGUUCAUUCUUUGCACCCCGAAAUGGCCAACAAGCGCAUUUUGAGGAUUGCCGUCGACUCCAAACGCGACUUUGUCAGUAUUCCAACCAGCUGAACAUGAAAUCGAAUAAUCAUUCUCGGGCAAAGUCGGAAUGGUUGAUAAUGGCCGCUGAAAGAGAGAGGCUCGAAAAAAGUUGCAGAAAGGCAGCAAAAUAGAGUCUUUUUAUAGUCUGUUCAGAUUUUUAAUGUCAAGUCCUAGCUCAAGCUCCGCCCCUAAUGGCGCGAUAAACCAAUCAGAGAGCGAGCCAUCCACAGAGCGUUUUUGAAUGACGUCAUUCUUCUUGACAUUCAAAAACUGAACAGACUGUAUCAAGACUUCCAUUUUUUUUUCUGAGAUUUUAAAGGCUCAAGGAAUGGUGGAAAAAGAGCGAGGCAGAAAGAAUGGUGCAUAAAAGCCGAUGAAAUGGCCAAAAAGGCAGCAAAGAAGGAGCCUUUUUCACCUUGAAAAGAACAUUUCUAUGGAGCCUUUCUGCACCCUUCGGAUUUUGCCUAUGUUUAUUGAUCAUGAUAAAAAUAACUUCUUGUGAGUAAAAAAAAUAUUAGUCUAUUUUUGGUUUUAUCAGGCAAAAUUUUAAUGAGCCCUCGACCAUUAGUGUAUGAAAUUGAUUUUUUUCAUAAGAAGUUUAGAGGAAUUAUUACAAUUUUUCUCAGUUAAUAAUAUUUUUUUCUUUUUGAACGGUCUCUUGCUCUUAACAAUUUUAAUGCUGGCUUUUUUUUGAGGUUUACGCCCUGACGAAGACAAACGAGGUGUGGAUGACCACGAGGAACGGAUCUCUGGCGCGAAGAGUCUUCUACGGAGGCAACCACAAAUUGGCAAAACUAGUUGUCGACAAAACAACCGGUGUGGAACCAUCUCUCGUUUGGUUGAGAAUAGUUUCCAGGAUACCUUUUGAUGUUGUCCCGGCCAACGACGGCACCUGGUGGAGUCGUCAUGGUCCUCGAUCCUGCAAAAGCGGAGGCUGACGUUCGCGUCGUCAUCGUCGAAGAACACGAGAGAAUCCCGUUGGAUUUCGCUGUCGACCCACCUAGAGGGUUUUCAACGAGUUGAGAAACCAAUCAUAUAUGGAAAGUUUCAGGCGAAUUUUUUGGGUCAGUGUUUCUUGUAUCAAAACGGCAUCGUACAACGGAAGCAAUCCUAGAUGCAUCUUCAAUGGCGGUAAGUUCUAUUCACAGAACUUAGGAAUUUUAGAGUGGUCCCUGCAGGGUUAAAAACAGCCUCUAUAGGGGCCGGAAAAGUGGUCCCUAUAGGGGUUCCUGUUAGCUUCUAAUGCUCAAGUUGACCCUAUGGGGGCCUUUCAAUUUCAUUUAAAAACGCUUAUUUGUUGAGUAAACCAAUCAGAGACCAGAACAUGCGCGGAGCGUUUUCUAAUGACGGACUUGACAUUCGAACUCUGAACAGACUAUAUUGAAUAGCAUGUUUCCUAUAGAAGACCCUUAUUAAAACCCCUGUAGGGACUACUUUUGCAAGCCUAUAGGGGUUGGUAAAAAAGCCCCUAGAGUGGACCCUCCAUGAUGACAACUCUGGAGAUCCUAAGAAUGUCCAACCUUCACUCUUUUAGCCGUCUCUGCCAUUGCCGUGGACGAAAAAGCCUCGCGAUUGUGCUUUUGUAGAUAGUGAUAAAUCUGCUGUCGACUGUGUAGAUUACGAAGGCGAAGGGCUCCAGGUAACCUUGUGGGAUUCAGAAAAUGCAGAAAAAACGCGAAAUUUCAGCGGAACGUCGCCAUGUUCAGACCUCAGGGAAUGGGCGAGUCUGUUGUUUUCACAAUUAAUGGAGAUGAACUUUUUUUCUUUGACAAGUUUGCUCGUGUCAGAAACUUUUUUUAAAGGGGCGUUGGCAGGUACAACGCAUCAGGGUCGAUUAUUAGGUGUUUACGCGCUGCGGACGGGACUUUCGUCGCACAAGGAGCCGUGCGAAAACGAAUACCUCGUCAGAAACUGCGCCUUUUUGAUUUGUCUGUUUUAGAUAAGGAAAACGGAGGUUUGAGAGCUUUAUCUCCUAUUUCUCACUUUCCUGUUCAGUACUCUUCACGGCUUGCUCUAACUAUAAUGGCGGGUGCGAGCACUUGUGCUUGACUUCUUUCGACAAAAAUGACAAACGGGUCUCCAAAACGUGUCUUUGUGCUCAUUCUCAGCUUUCUGCUAACGGUUCUUGCCUACGUAGGUUCAAACAGAUAUCCCUCCCCAACAACUCUUUUUCAGCUUACAAAGGGUUUAUUGUUUUCUCACGGUUACAUUCAAUUGAAUUUGCUCAUUUGCCUCACUCCAACCAUACUUCGUCUCCACCGAAUCGACCGAUUACUUCUGAACAGUGUUAUAUGAAGUAUAUCAAAUCCCUUGGAGCCUUCCAAAAAUGUCUUUUCUGUUCAGCAAAGUCUGGAGACUGGCUGUAGAUGCGAAGCGAUCGCGCAUUUACUUUGCCGACGCGGAGAAACACCGUAUUUCGGCGGUGAACUUCGACGGCACCGGCUGUUUCGUUGUAGUGGAAGGUAUUCGGAAUCUGAAGAACCGAAAUCAUAAGACCGAAUCCAGACGUGGACAUGGUCGAAGGAAUGGCCUACGACAACGUCCAUCAGGAGCUUUUCUUCACUCGAUUGAAUCCUGGAUCCAUUUGGAAGGUUCAACUGAACAAUGAAAUAACCAAGUGAAGAAAUGGAGCUAUUCUGUUUUCAAUCAUGUUUUAAGAUUCCCAACUACUGCCUCUCCUGUCGUGACGUUUUUCAAGAAUUCGCCCUAUCUGAUAGCUCUUCAUCCAUGCCGUAUGCUCAUUUACUUCACUCUGCAAGGGUCCAAUGGAGUGAACUUCAUCGAACGUGUUUAUUACAGCGGAUUCAAGAGGGUUUCCGAGUUCUUGCCGAAUGUAUCAGUGUCUGUUGUCUUCAGGAAGUGAUUCAUGAAGAUGGCCUCGGGCCAGUCACUGGUUUACUCGUGGAUGUCAAAUCGCAGAAACUCUACUACACACAGCGAACUUCUUCCGAUGUUCUUCGCUCUGACCUCGACGGCACGAAUGUGGAGGUCUGUUCUCUCCAUUUCGAGACCAGCCCGAACCUUUCUUCCAGACCGUCUUGAAUGGCAGUCCAAAUUAUCCAUCUCGAAUAGCCAUCUAUGAAGACUACCUGAUAACAACGGACGCCUACAGAUGGUUCCAAAAUCAGCGUUUCAUAGUUUUUAAAAGUAUCUGAUAGGUGGAUCGGAGCCGCGGACAAGCUGACAGGCGAUGGACUUCGAGUUGUGGCCAACCUCAGCAGCAUUCCUCUCGACCUCGCCGUCAUGGACCAAUCGGCUACCUAUUGUGAGAGCUUCCGGUUUCACUUCAUCUGGAAGACGUCGGUUCAGGUCCUGCGGAUUUGUGUCUCACAGCCGACCUAAAAUGCGGCGACGUUUGCCGUUUGACGGCCGAUGGACGCCCGGAAUGCGGUUGCAUUGGAGAGCGGAAAAUGUCAAGCGACAACCGGACUUGCCAUCCUGGUUGGUUUAUUUGGGUAUAACUGAAAAGUUCAAACUGCUUUUUACUAAAUAUUCAUGAAACAUCUAUGAGCAACGCGAAAAACUUUUUACACCAAAAAAAGCUCGCAUUGGAAUAGUUUUCAAAUUGCACUCUCUUUAAUUGAAUUGAGAAAAAACACUCUAUUCAUAGAUAUAAAUAUACAUCACUAGACUUUACAAAAAACGUACAGCUUACCUCAAUUAUAGCCCUCAUCACCUUCAUUCUAAACUCAAUUUUCAGAUUUUAAUGUUGUUACAAAACUCAAUUUUAAUUGCUGAAUUAUUUUCUAAUGAUGGCAAAAGGGAAAAUUCGAACGAUAUAUCGCUCACUAGACCGUCAAUUUUAGAGACCCCCAGACGGUUGCGCGUUAAUUCAUCUAAAUUCCAUCCUUUUUCGAUCUAAUGUUUCUGUGCCUUUUUAAGUGAGUGAAAAGAAAUGUCGACGUUUCAGAAACAGAUUUAAUUCUCCCCAUAGUACACCUAUCAUUAAAUUAUAGAAAGGAUGAUUCACGGCUGGGUUGAGCCAUCGAAAAAUGGGUCAUGGCACGAUAAAAGAAGCCUGGUUGGCGUAGAGCGCAGACAGGCCACGCCACCUCCCAGAAAAUUUUGCUUUUUUUAAAAUCAAGCUGCGCACUUUCACCUAAAGCGAUGUUCAGCGUCUACCAAGUGCGCGGAGAACGAGUUCAGCUGCUUGGCGAGCUACAGGUGCAUCCCCUACGAAGAGACUUGCGACGACCACAACGACUGUCCUUUCUCUGACGACGAGGACAUCAAGUACUGCUGUGAGUGGUUCUCGUUCUGUCGCAAGCACCGCCAAGGACCUUGCAGCGACCCGUGUCUGCCGGCCUGGCUACUUUUCUUGCGGCGACGGAGGCCUGUGCAUCCCGGAGUCGAAACGCUGCAACCGGGUCAACGAUUGCUACAACUUUGCCGACGAGGCCAACUGUACAUGCAGCGAAGAUGAGUUCAAGUAAGUAGAUACUUGGGAACUCCAGAGUGGUCCCUGUAGGGGCAACCUUAGAAUCCCUUGGAGGGUCCCCUCUACGGACCACUUUAGCAACCCCUAUAAGGGUCAUCAAGUCUUGCGAAGUUAUUGGCCCCUAUAGGGGACAUGCUAGUCCAUAAUUUUUAUGAACUUUAUGUGAAGAAGCAUUUUCAUGGGAAAAUGUUUCUCCCCUCAACCCCUACAGGGAUCACUCAAAAAUUCCUGAGUACCACAAUUGAGUCUUUUUGACGUCUUCUUUUUCAAAUUUGAAAACGAUGAGGCAGACUGUAUUCUGGUUCAUCUUUUGUUACCAAACUAAAAAAGAAGGUUACUUGAGCUUGGCCGUUUUGCAGAUGUUCUUCGGGUGUCUGUGUUCCAGGAAAGUCUCGAUGUGACUUCACACAAGACUGCAACGAUGCCAGCGACGAGAAAGACUGUCGUGAGCCCUUCAAUUUGGACCAUUUUCGCUCAGAAACAUUCUUUAAGCACCUCGCAACUGCUCGGCGAUUGUGGAACUGGGGGCGAAAAUGGUGAACUGUCAGACGACGACGCAGUGCAUCUUGCCUUCUUGGAAGUGCGACGGUCGCGACGACUGCUGGGACGGCAGCGACGAACGCGAUUGCUUCCUCACUUGUUCGUUUGUCUCCCUAAAAUAUGUUUGAAGGCUCACGCUGUAUUAUUCCUGGUUCACGUAUAUUGUAUAUUUUUGGCCAUCAAAUGUUUUGCAGUUGAUGGCGACAAGGUGUCGCCGCCACAGCAGUGUCAGCCUUCCGAAUUCCGGUGCAAUGCUUCGCGAGUUUGCAUGCCCCGUCAUUGGGUUUGUGAUGGUUCCCCGGACUGCUUUGACGGCAGCGACGAGCAGAAUUGCCGUUUGUAUCGCCCUCAUCCGCCGUCGUGAACUUCUGAUUCUCAGAAAGCUCGUGUAGUCCGAAGUUCGAGUUCGAGUGCACGAAGUCGCGUGGAUGCAUCGCGAUCGAAGAAAAGUGCAAUGGACACCAGGACUGUCCCAAUGGCGAAGACGAGCUCGACUGCGAGCAGUAAGCUCCCCUCGGUUUCUCCCCUAAUCCGACGAAUCGCAGCAACGAGUGUGCCGGCGAGGCCAACACCACCUUCCGAUGCACCAACCAUCGGUGUAUACCGAUGACGUGGCGCUGUGACGGCGUCGACGACUGCAUGGACAACGGCGUCGGUCGACUAGGAACCGAUGAGAUGGACUGCGCAGGUUGGCUGAAUACAUCUUCCGGAAAGUUUUAUGACCUUCAGGCUCCACGAUUUUCGCGGGUCGGUGUGAAGGCGGACGUUGUGAUCACGAAGUUCCUUGCGAAUGUAAUCUUUUUUUUCAGCUAGAAUGUAUCUAAUUUGGUUUUAGUGACGGCCAUUUUGUGCGACGGGAUCCGCGACUGCUCCGACGGCUUUGAUGAACAAAAUUGCGGUUAGUUGAUGAUCGAAAUAUGGUCUGUUCAGAUUUUAAAUGUCAAGUCCCCGCUCAAGCUCCGCCCCUAAUGGCACGAUAAACCAAUCAGAGAACGAGCCAUCCACAGAGCGUUUUCGAAUGAUGUCAUUCUACUUGAGAUUAAAAUCUGAACGGACUUUAUAAUUGAAAGAAAAUUUGGUUUUUUCUUCACAUUCUACUGCACCCGAACCAUUUUCUUUUUUUUUUUCAUUCUCGUGAACUCAUUGAUGCGCCACUGGCUACACUUCAAGGUGCACCGCAAAUCUUGUUAGAGUCGAUCCGGCCUUGUUCCAUCGAAAAAUAGCAUUUCUGAGAAGACGUCCUUUUUUUCAGCUGGCCCUGACAGAAGCUGUGGCCUUUCGCAGUUCAUGUGCGCCAACGGACAGUGCAUCAGUCGCACGAGCCAGUGUGAUCUGCGCGUUGACUGCGUCGACGGGAGCGACGAGUGGCCGGAGGUGAGCUCGUCCGUCGGCCAGUCCUAGCUGAGGAUUCCUUUCAGCUCUGCUCCUACUCCGAACCUCCAACUCGCGCCUGCUCCUCUGGUUUAGCUCACUGCGUCCAGAAAAAUGGCACGAUAUCCUGCUUGCCCAACCAGAAACUGUGUGAUGGGAAAGUCGAUUGUCUCGAUGGGUUUGUUUCAUUUAUUUAUUCUUGAAGAUGUUCGGUAAUUCUCCCGUCUGAAGACUAAAGAAAUGUGUAAAUGUGUUCCCUGACUUUUUAUUCAGUACGUUUGGCCUUCCCGACCUCGACAAGAGUUUCAGAAACGAUGAGAAAAACUGUGGGAGGAAUGAGUGUUUGGCGGACCAGACUCACGAUCUGUGCGACCAGAUUUGCAUCGACACCCCCAACGGUUACGAAUGCCAGUGCACAGAAGGCUUCCAUCUGAGCCCCCACGACCGCAAGACCUGCUUGCGUAAGGCUUUCCGUUAGGAAGGCUAGGAAAAGAGUUGUUGAAGGUGCGCCAUCGUGUCCGUUAGCCAACUGCUCGCAGCUCUGCGUCGACCGUCCCAACAGCGGAAGCCAAUGUCUCUGCGGCGCCGGCUACCGUCUUUCUCCGAACGGACACGACUGCAAGCGUGAAGACUCGAGUCAGUUCUGA